CAAGCUGUGUCAAUCAAUCUUUCCAAGAUGGAUGAGGCCUAAUACUUCAAAAGGAGCAUGGGAAAUUCUGCAGUCCGAAUUUCAAGGAAAUGCAAAGAUGCGUGCUCAUGGUGAAGAGGUGACUGAUCAAAGGAUUGCUCAAAAUAUUUUGAUCAGUUUACCUGAGAAGUAUGAUCAUAUAGUGGCAUCAAUCGAGGAGUCAAAGGACUUGCAAAUUCUGUCAGUCACUGAGCUGAUGGGAUCACUUCAAGCUCAUGAACAAAGGGUAGCAAGAAGGGGUGAUGGUUCCUUGGAGCAUGCUUUCCAAUCCAAGGUGAAUUUGAAGAACAAGAAAACAAAAGAUUAUAAGAAAAAAGCUCAUAGAGAUCAAAAGAAUUCUAAUUAUAAAGAAGGCAAGUUGAAAGGAAAAAUGGGAGAAUUUCCACCAUGUGGUGUUUGCAAAAAAUAAACCACUUGGAGAAAUAUUGCUAUCAUGUCGAGAAGCCUCAAUGCUGGAAUUGCAAGAAGUUUGGGCACAUGGAAAAAGAUUGUAGAUUUAAAAACAAUCACCAAGCUCACUACUCUGAAGAAAAGGAAGAGAAUGAGCAUUUAUUUUUCACAUGUCAAGCCCUCACUCAAGAAGAAAAAUUCUGGUUUAUUGACAGUGGUUGUAGCAACCAUAUGGCUUCUGAUGAAACAAUUUUCACUGAUCUGGACACCUCUAUUAAAGCCAAAGUCAAGAUGAGAAAUGGAGAACUUGUUAAAUCUAGAGGAAAAGGCGCAGUGGCCAUCUCAACAAAGCAAGGUAAAAUGGAAUUGGCUGAAGUAAAACUGGGGAGAAGUAGAAAUUUUCCCAUUCAAUGGAGCUUUCCUAAGGCUAUGGUGGCAAUAGUGGAUGAGACAAUGUUAUGACACCAAAGAUUUGGGCAUUACAGUCUCAAUUCUUUGAGAUUAUUGCAUCAGAAGGGGAUGUUGAGAGACUUACCUUUCCUGGAAAAAGAAAUUGAAGUAUGUGAAGGGUGCAUGCUUGGAAAGCAACACAAACUACCAUUCCCUUCAGAAAGCAAUUGGAGAGCUAAAGGAAAAUUACAGCUGGUUCAUACUGAUGUAUGUGGACCAAUGAGGACUUCAACUCACAAUCAAAGCAGGAUAUGAUAUGUUCUAUUGCUGAACUUGAAAGCGACAGACAACCCCUUGCUAUGAGGUAUGACCGAAAAACUAAGGAUACUACUAUAGGGAUCAUGCAACUUCCACUAAAAACUGCUGAGUGGCUGGUCAGUGAGUUGGGGUACAGGUCAUAUGAAGGGGAGGGGAAUCCAGAUUUUCUAUUCCGGCCUUUUGUAAGCAUAUAUCUUGGUGCUGCUUACAUUCAGUGGUUAUGCAAUUUUGAGCAUACAGAAAGAAGUGAAGAGUUCAUAGUUAGGUCAUAUAAAAGGGGUCCAAAAAAGGCAACUCAUAAAUCAACUUUGGCAUAUUGGAAACGGUAUCUUUCAGUCAAAGAAUGUCUUCCAUCCAGAAAAUUAUUUGAUAAUGGUCCUUUGUCGAAUGAUGCUUCAACAUCUACAACACCUGCACCUGCUUCACAAACUCCUGGCGUUGUUUACACAUAUUGGGACUCUAGAGCUUCUCCAGAGGACAUGGAAGAAUUGUGGAAUCAUCCUGAGGUCCUUAAAGAGUGGACUAAAUCUGGAGAGAGACGGGGAAAAGUGCGAUUUUCCCAUGAUGACAGCAAAAGGCCCUAUCUCUCACGGGUGGAACUAAAGGCAGUUGCUGAAAUCAUUUUGUCAAAACACUUCAGCACAAAAGCAGUUAAACCUACAGUUCUUUGUGCUCUUGCGGAGGUUGUUAACAUGCGUUUUGUCAAUGGAGUUGGCCCCCGUCCUGGAAUAAUGGGAAUUGACUAUUCAACAGCUUUCUGGCUUUACAUGGAGUUGGGCUACAAGGCUUAUAGAAUUGAUUCUGUUGACGAUCUAACCAAGCCAUUCGUGUCAAUGUAUUUUGGUGCGGCAUAUUUGGCAUGGUUAUCAGAAUAUGAAGGGAGGGAAAGAACUCCACAGUUUGUUGUUCAGGCUUUUAUUGCCGGGCCAAAGAAUGCGAAUCUUCAGGAGACAGGUCCAAUUUGUCUCAAAUUCCAGCAAACAUUGAGUAAUUAUGAAGACACGAAGAGGGAUGAAGUGGGCUGCACCAUCUUGUAAGCUGACAAACAUCACUUUACAUUUUUCAAAAGAUCAUCUGGUGUGUAUGCUUCAAGUUGCUUUAAGAAGUUAUAUACAGUCUAAAAUCAUUGUACAAAAGUCAAAAUAAGAUGGGGUGAACAUCUUUAUACAGCAGUUAUUGCUUUUAUAGAAUCAUUUAGUGGAUAUCUCUGGCAACCUUUUCUGUGAAAACUAUGGGGGACAGAAAAAAAGCCAAAACAUUUCUCCUCAUUGGGCACUUUUAGAAAGGGAAAUAUUUCAGCCACAAAAGAUUAUACAAAAGUAAACCACAAACUGAUGUGGCUUGAUGUGGUACGUCAGACUAAAGUUAUUUUUAUUAUAAAGUAGAUCUAACGGAUCUUAUAAAGCCACAUUAGUUUGUAGGUUUACAUUUGUGUAAUUUU